AUGGAACAAGAUUUGCCCACCUUCAUCCGCCCUUGCAAACUCCGAGGCAAAUCUUCUGCAAGUUCUCGUCCUCUCAUUCCCGGCCCUGCUGGUGUUGUCCAGGCCGCCAUGAUUCAACGCAGCUCCACCACCGACGGACACCUCAUUCCAACCCAACAAUUUGUUAGGCGCGUCGUCGAAGACGGUCACGACACUGAUCCCGAUUUUCACUCCAAUGCUUGGCUUUCAGCCCUGCAAUUAGGCGGAUCUGCAACUCCUCUGGGUUCAAUCACUCACCAUCUAGAAAGGGUCGAUCUCAUCGUCGCAGUUAUCAAAUCAUGCACGCCAAACGGAUUCGGCGAUGUGUCAGUUACCCUGAAGGAUCCUACGGGCACUGUCGGUGCUAGUGUCCAUCACAAGGUUUUCACUGAAAGCGAAUUCGCGAAGGACAUAAAUGUUGGAUCUGUUAUGCUUAUCCAGAAGGUAGCUGUGUUUUCUCCUAGAAAAUCUAAUUGUUACCUGAACAUAACAUUGCCCAACAUAGUUAAGGUAUUCUCGAGUGACUGUGGACCUCCAUCUGAAACAUUCACCGACAUUACAGAAGAUUGA